AUGAGGUUGGAUAAUCAGAUGAAAAGAUAAGUAGAUGGAUGGGCAGAUAUCCAUACAACAAAGAUGUGUAGACGUGUGUGUGUGGACUAAUAUUAAAUCUUAUCGUAUGAAACCCGUCAUAAGGCACGUUGGUUCGUUGGCGAUGAGUAUUCUGAGAUUGGGAAAGAUAUCUUUUAUCGCAUCGAUAAGUCUAAGAUAAGGGCAGAGCUACAUGUCAGAUUUAAUCGCGUGUUGCAUUGAAAAGCACUGGUGAAGACUGAAGCUCUUCCAGGUGGUGUAGAGAAUAAGAAACAAAGAGAGAAACAAAAAACAGAAUACGACAAUGACCCGUCUCGAUCGGAAAACCAAAAUUCGGGUAGUGGCUCUGUUUGCAAUGUUAAUCUACGUGGUCGUAUUAAUUAUAGUGAUUGCUGGAACGAUUUUCCUGGCCUUGGAAAACGCGAUUGGGGCCAUUAUCACCUUUACUUCAUUGGGCCUCUUGUCCUUCGGCUUGGUCGCGGCGCUGCAGUGGUUCCUGUCGUCCCUGGAGAGCAGCGCCAGGGACCCUCCUCCGCCCUACAGAGCCUCGUGGUGGUUCCAAUACCGGAGACGCUCAGCCUCGAAUGCGCGGAUUCAAACGUCUGCCUUACACGAACGCAGCGCUCUCGAUCCAGUCACGCCCUCGGAUGUCUCUCUCUCUUCGGUGGGCGUGAGGGAGGAAGAGUCUGACGACGGGACAAGGACGGCUGAUGGGCGCGUCUUCAUAUCUCUUCCAAAAAUCGAUGACGAAGAUCCGCCAUCUUAUGAGGAGGCAAUGAGGGCUUGUGCAGCAGGUAACUUAUGACGUCACUGAGGUAGCAUCGUUGAGCUGAAUGUUUUUAAGGUAAUUUCAUAAAAUUAAUUUAUGUGAGUAGCUCCAUGGUGCAUUUGUAAAUGUAAAGUUCUCGAUAUUUUUAUAGGUUGUGCUAUAUAUUUUCAUACACUGCAUUGUAUAUCACUUUGUUUCGUUUAUGCAUCUUCUUUAUCGCUUUCCCUCAAAAUUUCACAAGACACUAGACGCGGAAACAUAAUUAACUUGGACAACUGCACUAUUUUAAAUGUGUAUUUUUCACUUGAUAUCCUUUCAUAACAUCAAGUCACCAACAUACUGAUCGCAAAUAUG